AUGGACAUCCACAACUCCAGAGAGGGUGCGCAGGGCACGUCCAAAAUGGGUAACGAGAAGGCACAAGUUAGGGAAAUGCUGCACGAGAAAAAAGUGGGACCCAAAGUGGGGUGCAAAGUGGGACCCAAAGUGGGGUGCAAAGUGGGACCCAAAGUGGGAUCCAAAAUGGGUUCCAAAAUGGGUUCCAAAUUGGGUGCCGCAGAAAAUAGCCAGGCGAGGACACCAAAAGGGACCCAUUUGAAUAGCGCCCACAAAGAAAAGUCAAACAUUAAGACAGUCAUUCAUUCUAGUGGUAAAUCUUUCAAAACGAAAAUAAAAAAAUUAAAAAAAAAAUAUGAACAUGUUCAUACGGUAAGUGAUAAUAAUGAUGAGCAUGUGAAGGCUCUUCUGCAUAUACACCAUGAUAGUCACCAUGGUGACACAGAUGAUGAGGGGAAUUCCAUCAGCCUAAACAAUUUUAACGGCACGAAAUAUGUGUGUACAAAGCUGCUGGAAGGAGACCAGAAUGGGGUGAACUUAGUCCCCAACGUUGAAGCAAAAACAGAGGAUCAUUUUCGAAGAACUGGAGAAAAAUUUAUUAAUUCUGCUUGGUCAAACCACAACCGUAGUAACGAUACGUGUCCUAGCCGGAUUAGCAUCGAGAGCCUGAGCGGUUUUAUGCCAGACAGUGAGGGGCCCCACGACGCGGAUGCUGAGAGAGAUCAUAACGCGGACGAUGGCGUAGAUGAUGUCGCGGACGAUGACGCGGAUGAUGACGCGGACGAUGACGCGGACGAUGACGCGGACGAUGACGCGGACGAUGACGCAGAUGAUGACGCGGAUGAUGAAGCGGACGGUGACGCGGACGACGUGUCUUCGCAAGCUGCGAGUGAAAAAUGCGACGAUUCACCAAGUGAGAAUCUUCCCCUUCCCCAUGUGAAAAAAAUGGAUAAAGUUAACACCGCGCUGGAAGAAAAACACUCCCGUAGGGUUAACCACAUAAUUGGACAUUCCGACAUUAAACAUAGCUUGUCGUGUACAUCUGAUGAUUGGAGCAGUUCGUGUGUAGAGGAAGCUAACCGAAGGACGCCGGUCAACAAUAUUGACAACACGAAUGAUGAAAUCGAGGGAUGUAGAACGGAGUCAUUUGCUGAGGGGAUUUCUCAAGAUGGUGGUAGUGAUGAUGGAAGGGAAGGGGGACACCCAGAGGGAGACGUGAUAAGCGGAGAUGAAGUAGAGAUAAGCGGAGAUGAAGUAGAGAUAAGCGGCGGUGAAGUAGAGAUAAGCGGAGGUGAAGUAGAGACAAGCGCAGAUGAAGAAGUGAUAAGCGGCGAUGAAAAAGGCAUAAACAAGGGGAACUUAAAUGAACCGCUUGCGGAGGAACGAAACGAAGUAGAACCCCACGAGGGUAAAAACGUUUGGGGGGACAUUGCUGAUAGGGAUAGACUAGAGGAUGGUAAUAUAGGAACAACGAGUGGUGAUUACCAUGCAGAGGAGGAGAGGGGCGAAAUGGGAAAUUUUCCAAGUGAGGAAAGGUCCAAUGCCGUUCGUUUCGAAGCGAGAGGGGAUAGGCACUCGUCACGUGACGGAGUUUCGGGCGGACAAGUUAGUGAUGAGAUGAGUGUUGCUGGCGAUGUGCAGCAGCAGGGGGGGGUUGAAAACGGCCACGAUGGAGAUGGCCGCGAUGAGAACGGCCACGAUGAAAAUUACCAAGAUGAAAAUUACCAACGUGAGGACCACCAAUGUGAGGGCCACCAAUGUGAGGGCCACCAAUGUGAGGACUACCAAGGAGAACAGCACCAUCGCCAAAGUUACCCAUUGGAGUGCCGCCGAAACGAGCGGGGUGCAUCUCCAAUCACCGCCCAGGAAGAAAAGUUCGACUUGCGAGACAUUCUAAGAUGCAACAUAGACACGUCCAAUGGGGGACAAGGAGAAAUGGAAAAAUUAAAUCGGUUAAUUAGCUUCCGAGAUAGUGCCGAAAAGUAUUUGCAAAGUUACAUAAACUCGUUCCUAAACAACUUCUUUUUGAUGUCAUCCUAUUUGCCCUACUUACACUACUACGACCAGAAUGCAUACGAUAAAAAGGAAAUGAAUUUUUUAAAAAUGGUCACUCAUUUUAUGGAUCAUUUUCACUGCAAUAAAAAAAUGAACAAACAAAUAAGAGACUUUAAAAACGAUUUUGUAAAUUCACCACUAAAUGAAAAAAUAAAAUAUGUAGAUAAAUUUCCAUUUUUAAAAUUGCCCGAAAUGUGCACAGACAGAGUGAAGUGCCAAUUUCUGAAGCUGCUAAAAGAAUAUUGCAAGAAGAAAAAAAAAAAAAAUUAUUACCAAUUGUUUUUAUGCCACAAAUUUGUUAAUCAAAUUUUUAAGUUAAAGGAAAAAUGGGUCGAAAAUAAUUUUCUCCAAAUUGGCUUGAACGAAUUUGGCCCACCGGUGCCGCAGCAAAAGAAGCAGCAGGGGCAGACGGAGCAGCAGGGUGAUGAUGGCGAGGUGGAGGAGAGACACGACGCCAAAGCCUCGCUAGAAAGGACACCCCUAAAGGGACCUAUAAAAGAGGAAGGAUAUCUUUCCCCCAGUGUUAAGGAGAGGAGUCCAAAUUGGCAGGGGCAAAAGAGUUCCCACCAAAUGGGUGAAAAAUGGAACAACGAUAUUUUGUGCCAGCAUAUUCAAUCUGCUCCCUUUUUAAAACAAGGGAACAUUUAUAAUGGUGACUUUACGAUGACAAUGAAAACGAUGGUUCAUUCGUUAGAUGAUCGCGGAAGGAAGUUUAUUCAACUAAAUGACACGAAAAAAAUGGAACAUGCUAGUUGGUCCUACCCUCCUCACAGUAAAUAUUUCAUUCGGAAAUACCUGAACACCGUGGUCAGAAACAAAUUAUUUAAUGUACUCCAUUUGACUGAUGCAAAAUACAGGGAAAAAAUUUACAUAAAGAAUGAGGACCGGGAUAUUAUUAAUAACAUUUCUUUUUAUAAAAACAAAAUAAACAGGUUGUAUGCCUAUCUCAUGGCUUGCGCGCUAAUGGGACAUUCCACGAAGCUUACGCAGCCGAAUAUAUCGUGGAAGGGGGACUCCUAUGUGAGGGGAGACCCUAGAGAAGACCUCCAAACCGAACUACCCCCAAGAAAUAGCGGUUGCCUCCGCAGCUCCAAUGAAGUACACACAAAAAAUGCGCUCAACGAAAAGGACUGUGAAUCUUCAAGCAGAUGCAUCAGUCUUUACAAUUUAAUCAAAAUUGCCAACGAAUUUGGAAAAAAUAAUGAGAGUUCUAACAAGAGGGGUGCGCAGAAAAAUAAUACGCCACGCAAUUCUAAUCGAGAGAGUCUAUCAAAAGAUAUGGAUAUCCUUACAAGAAAUUUUUUGCAAGACGGGGCAUAUAAUAGUGCACCGCGUGAUGUCGGACAAAAUGGAAAAAGGUCAUAUAUCUCCACACUGUCUAAUAAGGAGAAGUUGAGUAGUUGUCCCGUCGAAUGGGGGGUAAAAAUUUUGGAAGUCCAUAAUGGGAAGGAAAAAAAAACGGACGACAGCAAAUUUCAGUUGUCACCCGACUUACAAUUCCUAUACGAUGCAUACAACAACGGAGAACAAAUUAUCGUAGUUCAGAACAAAAACAAAGUGUUGAAUAAUUUGGACAAAUGCACAAAAUUUACCCGUCUGUCAAAACGAUCACUGUUCCAUGCUAAUGACACUGGGCAAAAUGGGGUCGGCCCUUCUAAGGGAACUCCAUCCACUGUGUACAAGAGCCAAAUGGGUUACGUGAAUAUCCAACCGAAUUGCAUCUACGUGAAGAACACAAAAGGGGUGAACUUUCCUAAUUCAAAUUCUUCUGAUAUGGCAUAUUCGUACGAUGCAAAAACUGCUUAUGACAGUAACAUGGCAUUUGUGCAGAAUGCCUUCUUUCGCCAGAGGCACGGAGAAGGUACUGAUAGGGGAUACAAUAAGGGGUCAUUGGAUGCCACCAAUGGGAACCACAUCAUUAACAGUAAUCACAACGUGCACAUGAAUGAUACCCUCGAUCAUUUUAAUAAAUUCGAUAAACUACAAAACAGGAUAGACUGUGUAGACAGUAAUAACAUCCUGGUGAAUAACUCCACUGUGGAAUAUACAAAAUGUAGAAAUUUUAUCAACUCCUUGAGCCCUCAGUAUGUACCUGGUGCUCUAAACUAUAUGAAUGGAAUAAAUUCAAGUGUGCAGAAUUGCUCAAAAGUGAAUUUAAAAAGUAUAGGUUAUUGUGCGAACAGGAAUAAUGUCAGUGGUAGUAGCUCUUUCUCCCCCACCACCUCCCUAAGACAACAACCACUCAGUAACUACCUAUCUCAGUCAACCAAUUACGUGAACCCGUUUGAUGAUUCUUCCCAGAGCAUGUACAACCAAAUGGGAAACACGAACCCAUUUUUAUCUGAACAAAUGCAAAAGGAAAGGAGGGGUACAUUAAUUAACCAAAAUGGAUACCCCCACAUUGCACUGAUGAAUAAUUAUUUUUCGGAUGCUACUAAUCCUUUUACACAAAAUGGAAAAGGCGAUGGUAACAACUGUGGGAGCUACUACCACCCGCAUGGCAAUCUGAGUUAUACUCAUCAAGGCGAACAAAACGCUGCUAAUAAUGUAGUCAGCGGGAUGGUUCACACAAAUGGAAGCAAACAAAUGGAUCAAUCGUGUGUAGAUUUACCAAACGGAACCAGUGAUAACCACUUUGAAUGUGUUACUGAGGAUGGCAAUUAUUCUGUGGACCCUCAGCACAAGCGCGAUAGUGAACAAAUGGUGGAGAAAGACAAUAAUGGGGACGCGAUAGGUACAGUUAAUCAGCUGGAAGGAAAUAAAAAUGACUACCUUAACGAUGUAAACCACAAUUUAAAUUGCACACACAAAAGUAGUACCACCAGGGGGGAGUGCAAAGAAGGAGAUGAUCACAAGGAGGCCACUGCGAAGAGUUACGCCCCCAGGGGAAUAAACGAACUGUUGGGUGAGGGGAGCAAACAUGUGGUCAACACGGAUGUAAUAGGUAGAAACCAUCAACAGUGUCAUGGGAAUGAUCCAAAUGGUAACGAACAGGGGAGUAACAUAACUGUGACAGGUGAAGACCAUCUUAACAGGAAUGUAAAAGAGAGAAGUGACUGUAAAAACGAAUACAGGCAUGACAAUGUGGAGGCAGAAAAAGAGUCCCCCUUGAACUCGAAUAAUAAUUGUUCACAUAACAGUGACCCAUACGCAAGCGGGUCAUCUCAGGGGGAGCAAAAUGCACGUGAGAAGAACCAACCGGGGGAUAAUUGGCCCUCGACGGAAGGUAUAAAUUUGCAUGUGGGUACCUAUGCAGAGGGUACCAUUAACGGGGACACCGGCGUAAGAGGCGUAAGAAGCGUGCGUAGCGACAACCACGAUGGUAGUAGUGCCUCCCCUAACGCCGCAGAUGGGGAUGCUGACAUAGAUUCGCCCCACCACCCAAGCAAUAAUCUCCCCCCCGUUCUCCCAAAAAAGAACCCCCCCCAUGAAGAUACCACAACGAGUGAGGAACUUCCAAAUUCUCUCAAAACGUCAUGCAAUAAUGACGAAUAUGCAUGUAGCACAAAUCUGCAGCAUCUAAGUAACGCCUCAAGGGGGGUGAACCCCGUUCAAAACAGUCACCUGGUGAAUAAUCAUACUGGCCAUUUUAACAUGAAGAACCAACCCCGUAAUAACAACUGCUGUGUCAGCAUUGCCAACUUGGACAGGGACACUCAUUCGGUAGAAGCAAAUCGGGACAGCUCAUACCAUGGCGGUAGUGCUCCAUUUGGAGGGAACGUAGACGAGAAAUCGAUAAAGUAUAACGACAGACAUUCCUUUUUUAAUGUAAACGAAAUGGGAGCCCCGAUGGAUGAUGCACAUACUGGGGAUAGCGUGAGGAGCGCCGUUGGCGGAAGUGGCCCCCUCAAUAGCCGCAGCACUGGAAUAGGCAUAAACAAACCGAACCAGAUGAACAGCACGAACAGAAUGAGCAGCACGAACAGAAUGAACAGUACGAACAGAAUGAACAGCACGAACAGCAUAAGCAGCAUAGACUUUUCGAUAAACAACACAGGGAAUGAAACGAAAUUUAAGAUCAACGAAGAGAUGAUCAACCUGAUGAGACAGACAGAUGCAUACCAACCCCCCUGUGGACAUUACCAACUGAGCGAUCCAGACACGAGCAUGGCAAACGUAUACAAGCCAUUCAACUUGGAUGGAAUAAUCCCCUCCCCUUACCAUAAUGGCACAAGUAAUAACAUGAAAAAUUACCCAAGUGCAGAAAUGAGGAGUAAUAUAAAUAUACAUAAUUACCAUAUGAACAAAAAUGAGAACGUCGAAAUGACGAAUGAGUGUCUGAACACAGCGACCCCCCCGAGUAAUAAUUUGUCAACCCCGUAUGGAUACAUAUACAAUUAUAACAUGGGGAAUUAUUUUCUAAAUGGAGUCAAUUGGGUUGGUUUAGAAAAUCGUACAGGUGAUAGACCUGUGAGGACUAAUAUGAAUUUUACGAAUUAUAAUGGCAUGUUCAAUGAGUACUGUGAUGGGGAUGAGGAGGAGUGGGAUCCGCAUCAGGAGGGUCCACAUCUGGAGGGUCCACUUCAGGGGGGUCCACCUCUGGGAGGUCCGCAUCUGGAGGGUCCACAUCUGGAAGGUCCACUUCAGGAGGAUGACGACCGAAGCGGUGGGUCCUUCCCGUCAUCGAGCAAUUUAAAAAAAAGGGACAAAACGCAAAAGGAGAAGAAGAAUGCCAAUAUGAACACGAACAAGGCGCAAUCAUUCGGUUUAAAUGUCAGCAAGAAAAAAAGGCUAGGAAACAAUGGACCCCCCACAGCCGAGAAAUUAAGCGAAUUGCUACAUGAGAAGAAUUUGUCGGUGCCACAAAUAGCGGCAAUAUACGGCGUGCACAGAACGACUGUCGCGCGUUGGUGCCACAAUAGGAAGGUUAUCCAAAAGUCGAAUAACUACCAGGGGAGGAAGAAAUCGUCCUCCACGGUGGGCGCCGAGUACACCUAG